AUGGUUCUCGACCCUACGGUGAGACAGCCACCAGACGGGCUCUCCCUGAAUCAAUGUCUCCACAAAGGCCGCGCAGACAUGCCGACAGUAUUCGCCAUUUUGCUCAGGGUUCGCACUUUCAAAUAUCUUGUAGCCGCCGAUAUUGAGAAGGCCUUUCUCCAGAUCGGAAUCGCCGAAGAACAUCGUCCCAUUUGUCGCUGGCUACUUCCGCGAGAAAUCAACAAGCCCUUGUCUUAUUCAAACAUCAAAGUCUUUGAGUUCUGUCGUCUUGCGUUCGGUAUGAAACCGAGCCCAUUUAUGCUCCAAGAAACGAUCAAAGCACUUUUCAAAACCUGUGGUUCAAACCUGGGAUUAGAAUCUUUAAAAAAUAUCUACGUCGACAAUCUUUAUCUCGAAGCUAACUCGCAUGAAGAAGCUCAGAGAAAAGCCGAAGAGGCCAGACAGUUGUUGCUGGGAGCGAAAAUGAAUCUCCGGGAAUUUCUCUCAAAUGGUGUCUUAAACAUGCCAGAGGAGUUAAGAGGGGAUCCUUCCAAGGCUAAAGUGCUUGGUAUCACUUGGGAUAUUUCAAGGGACGUCAUCGCGAUCAAGCUGCCAAAAGUCCCCUUAUUACAGCGGUACACCAGGGCAGAUUUGUUGUCCACCAUGCACUCGCCUUACCUACCGCUCGGUCUCAUCGAUCCAUUAUUGGUCGACCUCAAACGUCUCUUUCAGGAGACUUGGGCACUACCGCAUAGAGAUUGGCAUAGACCCUUACCUCAGCAGUAUGUAGACGAGUGGUUAAGGAUAACAGCGUCAUGGAGAGAACAGACAAUCGAGUUCCCCAGAUAUACCCCAGUCAACAAUGGAGACGAAUUGCAUCUCUUUGCCGAUGCUUCGGAUUAUGCAAUCGGCGCGGUAGCGUACAUUGUCAACUCGGACAACAGAUCGGCAGGGGGGCAUAUAGUAGCUGCUAAAGGACAAAUCGUCCCCAAAAGGAAGGUAAUAAACAAAGAAGCUUCCGAGAAAGCGGGGAAAACCAAAUACAGUCGAACGGAUAGCCCCUACUUCACGAUCCCUCAAGCCGAAGCUGCGGGUGCCAAGAUGGCCUGCGGCCUGGGACCAGUCCUGCGAAAACUGUUAGAGAAAGAUCUUAAAAUUUAUUUCUGGGGGGACAACACUUCAGUGCUUCAGUGGAUUCAGAACGGAGCGACGGACCAGCCACUGGUAAUCAGGAAUAUCCUUAAGUUCAUUUGGAAUUCGGAAGUCACAGAAUUCGGCUACGUGCCUACAGAAAUGAAUCCUGCGGAUAUUAUCAGCAGAGGGACGACUCCAGACAAGCUAAAUAACUCCUCACUCUGGAGGUUUGGACCCCAGUUUUUGCAGCUCGACCCGGAACAAUGGCCGCCGGUGCAGCGUUUUCAUCUGGAGGGAGAACCCCAGGAAGCCGACAUUUCAGAAGGGAUAACCCUCACAACGAUCGGAACCCCUGGAGUCAUUUCUGUUAUCCAAAGAGUAUACGGAAAGUCAUCAUGGCCAAUGGCAGUCGGAGCCAUCGCUCAAGUCCUCAGGGUUGCCGACCUCAUUCGCCUCCGGAGCACACCAGGUUUCGUAGUCAGAGAUCAAACUGAACUUCGUACAAUCGCGAUGACUAAGAUCCACCUUCUCGAUCAGCAAGCGCAUCCACCCACGGAGGAACAGAGAGAUAAGUUAAGGUUGUUCAAGGACUCAGAAGGUGUUUUCCGCUCCCGGGGACGGAUUGGAACAGCUAAUCUUCCUUAUUACACAAAAUACCCAAUUUUCAUUCACCAGUCUUCCCCUCUUGCGAAACUGAUCCUCCGGCAUGCACAUGAACGCAUGGCGCAUCAAGGAGCCAGAGCAACUUUGUGCUGGUCGAGAAGACGCUAUUGGAUACCGAAGCCCAUUCGCUCGGCCAACUCCGCCAUCAAGUCAUGUUGUGUUUGCUCGCAGCUCAGCUCGAAUGCCUUCCCAGAAGCAGUAGCAGAAGCGCUUCCAAGAGAAAGGAUAACGAGGACAGCGCCCUUUGAAAAUGUGGGCGUCGACGCCUUUGGGCCUUACAUGAUCAAAGCGGAGAAGGGGUUCAAGAAAAGGUGGGGGAUUAUAUUUACUUGUGCGACGACUAGAGCAAUUCAUCUCGAAGUGGUAGAUAACAUGUCAGCAAAGGCUUUCCUAGAGGCUUUUCUCAGAUUUAAGUCGGUCCGAGGAAUCCCGAAUAUUAUAAUCUCUGACAAUGGGACUAACUUCACAGCCGCCGCUCCAGUCAUAAUCCACAAAUUCGCACCAGACGUUGACAUUCGCUGGAAAUUCAUUGAUCCAGGUUGCCCCUGGAAAGGCGGCUUUUAUGAGAGGCUCAUCGGAAUGGUUAAGCGAGCGUUCCAACGUUUGUCGAGACAAUUUAAAUCGUUUUCCGACUCUCAGUUCAUCACCCUCCUCAAAGAGGUGGAGGACGCGAUCAAUCACAGGCCACUGUUUCGAGCAGAAGAGACGCCAGAUGAUUUCUCCCCGUUACGACCAGUCGAUUUCUUACGUCCAGCCGGUUCCAUGUAUGUAAAUCACUCUAUUGGGGUCCAGCAGGACGAUCAAGACACGUUGUAUGUACCAAAGUCAUUGCAAAACGCAAAGAAAGACUGUCGUAAGACAGAAGAGUCCAAGCUGUUUUUACUGCAUCAGUCUCUGUUAGCCACAUUGAACAACUUGUGGUCAGGUUGGUCAGAAGAAUACCUACUCAACUUGCGUCAGCUGGAUAAAGGUCCGAAAGACAGGCGUCUCGGUCAGCGCGUUCCGUCAAUCGGUGAAUCCGUCCAUAAAGAGCGAAUUUGUCAACCGCUCCAAUUGGAACACAGGCAUCAUAGAAGAGAUCGUGCCGACAAGGGACGGCACUCCUCCAGUGAUGGCAGUGGUCAGAGUAAGGAACCACAGAGUCAAAGAUGUUGA